CCGAAGCCCUUUCCCUUUCAGUUUGUAUUUCAAUCCUUCCUCCACUAACAUUUGUAGCUGUUCUUCUUGUUCUUGUUCCCAUUUCUACCACUGCUUCCAUCCGCCAUUCAAUUAUAACCGUUGAGGGCCCCCUUUUGUCUUGAUCUAUCUCUCUCAUAACCCCCAUUUCUCCGUUUUUCCUUUCCCACUCUCCACUUUCUCUGGUGCCGCUUCUGGUGUUCAUCAUUUUCUUUCUUAUUUCAUCCCCUUCUUCUCUGCUUAUUUGAUUUCUUCCUUUUUUUUUAGGCUGUUCUUCUUCUUGUUCUUCUUCCUUUUCCCCUGUUUCACUCUCAAUCUCCUCUGUUCUCUGCUUUUCCUGAUUUGGGUUUGCUUUUAUUCCUAUUUCCACUGUACACCCACAGGAAUUUCAAUCUCAUCCUUUUUCUUCUCCCUCUACUUACCUUUAUUCCUACUCUUACUUCUUCAUCGCUUUAUUGGAUUCUUUUUUCAUCUCUCUCUCCCCCUCUAUCACCAUCUCUGUUCUCGUGGGGGCAAAUAUUGCCGGAUCUUCGGGGGGAAGACGGAAGGUUCUUCAGUCUUUUUUCUUUUUUUCCCGAUCUUUUUCUAUAAUCAAUCUGUUCAGAUCACUUUCAUUUGCUAAUUCCAUCUGGGUAUCAUUGCUUUUUGUUAUUUGAUUCUUUUCCCCCCCUUUUGUUGGCUGUGAGCGAGGUGGGAAAAUGGGAAGAUUAUGGAUUCUGAAAUGGGUUUUGUUGGUUGGGGUUUUGGGUUGCUGUGUUGAAGGUCUUGGAGUGAAUUGGGGAACUAUGGCGAAUCAUAAAUUACCCCCUAAGACCAUUGUGCAGAUGUUUAAGGAUAAUGGGAUUCAGAAAGUGAAGCUGUUUGAUGCAGACCAAUCCUCCAUGGGCGCUCUGGCUGGCACUGGUAUUGAGGUCAUGGUUGCCAUUCCUAAUGAUCAACUUGUCGCCAUGGGAGACUACAAUCGAGCUAAGCAAUGGGUGCAGAGAAAUGUCUCCCGUUACACCUUUGAUGGAGGAGUUACCAUCAAAUAUGUUGCUGUUGGCAAUGAGCCAUUUCUAUCAUCUUAUAAUGGAUCAUUCUUGAAUGUUACCUUUCCAGCCCUUCAAAACAUUCAAAAUGCACUCAAUGAAGCUGGUUAUGGGGAGACCAUCAAGGCAACAGUACCCUUAAAUGCUGAUGUUUACAACUCCCCCGUGAAUACCCCGUAUCCGUCUGCUGGUCGGUUUCGGAGCGAUAUCAAUGGACUCAUGACUCAAAUCGUCCAGUUUCUAAGCAAGAACAAUGCACCAUUUACUGUCAACAUAUACCCUUUUCUUAGUCUUUAUGGCAACGACAACUUCCCAUUCGACUAUGCUUUCUUUGAUGGUGCAAGCAAUCCUGUUGUUGACAUGAACACUGGCAUUCAAUAUACCAAUGUUUUCGAUGCGAACUUCGACACGUUAGUGUCGUCUCUGAAAGCUGUAGGACUUGGGGACAUGCCAAUUCUAGUUGGCGAGGUUGGAUGGCCAACUGAUGGGGAUAAGAAUGCCAAUGCUGGCAAUGCUUAUAGAUUCUACAAUGGCCUUCUACCAAGGCUUGCAGCCAACAAAGGCACCCCAUUGAGGCCUGGAUUCAUUGAAGUGUACUUGUUUAGCUUUCUGGAUGAAAAUGGCAAGAGCAUUGCUCCAGGGAACUUCGAGCGGCAUUGGGGCAUUUUCGGGUACGACGGUCAGCCGAAGUUUGGCAUGGAUCUUUCAGGUCAGGGCCAGAACAAGCUGCUUGUGGGAGCACAAGACGUGCAGUAUCUUCCUCAAAAGUGGUGUAUGUUCAAUCCAAAUGCUAAGGAUUUAAGCAAACUAGCUGAUAACAUAGACUAUGCGUGCACUUUUUCUGAUUGCACUUCGCUUGGGUAUGGAUCUUCUUGCAAUAAUUUGGAUGCUAAUGGGAAUGCGUCGUAUGCGUUUAAUAUGUACUUUCAGGUGCAGAAUCAAGAUGAAUUGGCGUGUAAUUUUCAAGGUUUAGCUACAAUAACCUCGCAGAAUCUUUCACAAGGUACUUGUAAGUUCAUCAUCCAGCUAGCUUCGUCUUCCCCCUCCUUUGAUGCUUCAUUUGUUAGCUUAGUAUCUAUGGCCUUGUUAUUCACAGCAAUGUUGCUAUGAUUUGGUUGUGUAGAUACUUUAUGAUGAUGAUGAUGUUCCAUAUUAUUGCUCUUAUACUUCAUUUUUUCUAAUGUUCAUUAGUUUAUGAGUGAUUCUAUUCGAUCGCUGUUUUGAUUCUCA